AUCACAUUUCAGUUAGCCGAUGUCAACAAAAGAUUUCGUUAUAAUUGUUUUCCUGCUGCCUGGUAGUGUUGCACAACAACUUCUAGUGCUUACUUGUGUGAUCGAUUAAUAUAAGACCAAACGUUUUCAUAGUUCGUCGACAGAGCUCUAUCGGUAGAUUCGAACGCGUUUUAAAUAAACAUGUCGCUUCAGAAGGAAAUUCCGUAUGAGGAGAACUUGCAGGGUUCCUGGGUGGAGCUGCACUAUAACAUUGGCAGUGGGAGUCAGGUGUGCCAGGAGCAGAUCUCAACAACCACUCUUGAUGUAGACCUGGAGAAGUUACUACUAGACGCCCAACACGAGUCAAGCAGGAGUACCUCGAGAGGAAGCUCACAAUGUGACAGUCCGCUUAGGUCACAGACUCCUCUUCUUCUGUUUAGAGGCUCAGAGGGAAACAGUUCACAGUCUGAGGAAGAUAACCAAGAAAGAAUCCGGGAAGUAGAGAAUCUACUGAAGAAGAAUGCUGACCUAAUCUGGGACUGGUCCAGUCGUCCUGAGAACAACCCACCAAAGGAGUUUCUGCUGAAACACCCCAGGCGCUCAGCCUCGCUCAGCAUCAGGAAGACCAGCGUCAUGAAGAAGGGAGGCGUUCUCUCCCCUGACUUCCUCAAGCUUUUCCUUCCUUCAUUAUUCAUUUCUCAUAUACUCGCAGUUGGCCUGGGGAUAUACAUUGGGAGGCGCCUCAGCACAUACAGCACCUACUGAAGCUGACGCUGCAUUAUGACACCACUGACUCAUACAGCUGGCAUGCCUUCAAAUGGGGGAAACUUCAGAAUCCAAGGAGGUGGUUGAUGUAGCAUUCUCCAUUUUAGCUGAUUGCCUCAUCUUAUUUUCUGAAUGCUGUGACUGCUUCUUUCUCCCAGAAAUGCCUUGAAUCAGGAACUGAUUUGUGCUGCCUUGUUCCUCUCGCUAUUUAGAAUGUUUUUUAUAUUGAACUGCUGCCAAUUGGCAUUGUUGUUUCUAAUUUUCUUAAGCAUAUUGAGUUUGUGUUUUGCCUGUUUGUUAUUCUUAAGGGAAUGAUUAAUGUGAAUGAAUAUUAAUUGUGAAAUAAUUUCCUGCACUCAUUUUCUUUGAAAAAAGCUGGGGUUAAUACAUUUCAUGCAACAUGUGAAAGGCAGGGUGUGAAUUGCAACAAAAGUCCAACUUUUGGGGGGUCUCCAAUUUAACCUAUUCUCCUAUUUGUUUAAAAUUCUAUUGUGUACUGUUAGUGGUAAAGAUUUAAAAAAUAAAAGCUUAUUCCAAAUUAAAUGAA